ACUGUGCGCAGGCGCAGGAGGGGGGAGGAGGGCUGGUUCUUCUCCAACUUUUCUCCCCCGGGCUGGCAUGUCUGCUCUGUGCGAUCCGCCGGGGGUGGCGGAGCCUCCGGGGUCCGUCGCCAGUCCCAUGCCGGUAGCCGCUCCUCCAUCGCUCAGUUCUCAAGAGCUGGCCCAGGAGAUCAAGGCCUUCCUUAGCGGCAUAGACCCUGUGCACGGCAACAAGCUCACCAUCAAAGAACAUGCCCGAUGUGCCAUCCUGCUGCUGCGCAGUCUGCCUCCCGCCCGCAGUGCCGUCCUGGACCACCUCCGGAGUGUCUUUGAUGAGUAUGUGUGCACCUACUUGCUGGACCUGGAGAGCAGCGAAGGCGGGAUGGGCUGCAUCCACUCCCAGGGCCCCAACCUGGAUGACGUGGUGCAAGAGAUCCAGGCCGUGCUAUCCGAGUUUGUCCGGAUGAACCCCAAGGCGUGGGCAGGCCUGGUUUCAGCCUGGUCCAUCGACCUGAUGGGGCAACUGAGUAGCAAGUAUGCCGGCCGGCAUGGGGUGCCACAUGCCAGCAGCCUCAAUGAGUUGUUGCAGCUGUGGAUGUCCUGCAAGGCGACGCGGACGCUGAUGGAGAUCUACACGCAGUGCCUCUCCUCGAUGAUUAGCACUUGCCCGGAUGCUUGCGUGGACGCCCUCCUCGACACCUCGGUCCAGCACUCACCUCACUUCGAUUGGGUGGUGGCCCACAUUGGCUCCUCCUUCCCCAACACGAUCAUCAGCCGCGUCCUCUCCUGCGGGCUGAAGGACUUCUGCAUGCACGGGACAGCCUCGGCCGAUCUCCUCCUCUUCCCUAGUGCCACGGCCGCUGACAAAAGGGUCCCCAAGAUUGCCUCUGUGGUGGGCAUCCUGGGCCACUUGGCAUCUCGCCACUCGGACAGCAUCAAACAGGAGCUGCUGAGGAUGUUCCACGGGAGCUUGGGCCCCACGCGGGACCAGCAUCAGAAGGCCACCGUCCCCUUCUUGCUGCAGUUAGCUGUCAUGUCUCCCCCUCUGCUAGGCACCAUCUCAGCUGAGCUGGUGGAUUCCCUCAAGCCGGGUGUGCUCAACCAGCUGCACCAACACUUUGCCUCGCUCCCCCGGGAGGAUCUGGAGAAUGUAGUGAGCAUCGUGGUGCACCUCAUCUGCCAGACGUCCGGAGGCGCUUACCGCACCCUGCAGUUCCUCAUCAACACGGCCAUGCCGGCAUCGGUCAUCACCACCCCGGGCUUGGCCGUCCACGACAGCGUGCGGGAGGCUUGCGACCGCGUCAUCCAGCUGCUGCUGCUCAACCUCCAGAAGCUGGUGUACAACCGGGGCUCGCCCAGCUUGGCAGAGGCGCCGCCCCGGCUGGUGCCUUUCUUGGACGAGCUGAAGGGCCACGUGCGGGAGCUCUGCAUGGAGACACUGCGGCUAGAGAGGAAGCGGUUCCUCUGGCAGCACCAGCUGCUGGUCCUUCUCUCCAUCUACUGCACCCCGAGCUGUGCCAGUGAUGCCCUCUUCUUCCUGCUGACUCUGGCCAAGAGCCAGGAAGAGCUCAGCCUGGCCACUCAGCUCUACGCCGUGCUCAGCUCUUGCAUGAGUGGCCUGCUGCCCGCCACCGUCAAGAAGUGUGUGUGCCAGAUCCACGCUGGUGGCCUCUCUGAGCAGCACAUGGCCCAGCUGUUCCAAAACCUGGCCCUGAUCAUGCAGUGGGAGAACGAGGGUCCUGCCUCCAUGGGCCGCCAGCUGGGACAGGCUGUCUCAUCACACCUCUAUGACUUUGGGCAGCUCCUGCUGCACCGCAACCGGGACGUAGCCCAGGCGGCGGCCUUGCUCCUUUCUGUCUGCCCCAUGCCAAAGGCCAUCCGGCCAGCUCACCUCCUCUUCCUCAUCCGCUCGGCCGUCCACCACUUCUUCCUGGUGCUGCGCUGGAAGUGCCCCACGGGCGUCAGCUACGGGAGCCGCCUCCUCUGCUGCCUGAGUGAGGCCUCGCCCACGGCCAGCAAAGCCAUCCUUCAGUACCUGGUAGAGGGGGCCCUGCAUCCAGGGAACACCGAGCUCUUUGGUGGACUGGCUGAACCGCCUGCUGCCAGGAACGAUGAUGCUUCCCCAGAAGGGGCCAAGGUCUCUCUCCUGGACAUCAACCGGCGCUUUAUGGCCACGGUAAACUUCUCAGGCAGCGUGUGGUCAGUCUUCCAUGCCGGGGUGAUUGGGAGGGGCCUGAAGCCACCUCACAACCCCCACCAACAAGAGCCGGAAGAGAUCUCCCACAACAUCCAGACCUUCUUGGGGCUGCUGCUGCAGUGCUGUGGGGCGGGGCGCAGCAGCCUGGAGCCCUCCCAGUGCAUCGUUGUCAGCCCUGAAUCAGGAAAGACUGUAGCAGUGGGGCUGGUGGAGACUGUCUGCCCUGAUGUCACCAACAGCGAGCUGGCGUGGCCUCCGGAGGAGCACACCCGCAACACGGUGGAGCGGGACAUCCAGAUCGGGCGCUCCUUCCACGACAGCCCCCUGCUCUUCCAGCUGCUGAAUCUGGUGGCGGCAGGGAGGCCGGCCCUGUGCUACUGCUCGGUGCUGCUCCGUGGCCUCCUGGCAACGCUCAUGGCGCACUGGGAGGCCUCGCGGGAGAACGACACCACCAGCUCCCCCUGGCACUUGCAGGCCUCCUGCGCCCUGGUGGCCUGCAUGGGGGAGGGCCAACUCCUCCCGCCCGUGCUCAGUAACAUGCACGAGAUCUUCAGCCAGCUGGCCCCCUUUGAGGUCCACCUCUUGCUCCUCAGCGUCUGGGACUACAUGCGGGACAACAGCCCGCUGCCGCAGAAGUUCACCUUUGAUGCUGGCACGGGGCUCUUCUUCCGAGACUUCAGGCGAGACACUGAUGUUGGCAAAUACCUCUGCGUUUUGCACAGCGUCCUGCAUAAAAAUAUUGACCGGCUGGGGCUACUCUCUGGGCGGUUCCAGAUCUAGCCCCUCCUUUGGGGCUUCUGCCCUCUCAGGAUUGGUUGGCAUGCUGUACCACUAUUGGCAGCAGGGACGUCCUGCCUUUUUUGGUUUAAUUGGUUUUGAUUGUAAGUGAACGAAAAGCUGUCCCAUGAUUUGUCCAAGUGUGCAGCCGAUGGAGAUGUCUGGAAAGUGCUUCUUUCCUUGGCCCCAUAGAUCCUCCGCCUUGCCGUAAUCCAGAUUAAGAAUCCAAACAGAGGCUGCCAUGGCUGAGGAGAAAUACAUUCCUAAAUACACAUAAAAAGGGGAACAGGGGGAAAAAGAGAUUCUGGUGAACAAAUUCCCCUUCAUUUUUUUAAAAAAAGGAUUCCCCACUAGCGAAAGGCAGGUUAGGUGAUCAUCGCUUAUUGGGCUGCUCAAUGGGUGUAAGAAUGUGCAACCCUUGCAUGCUUCUAGGUUAUGCAGAGCUCUUCUGAGGACCCAUAGUGCAUCCAUCAGUUGUGUGGAUUUCACUUGAAAACGCUUCAAGCCGAGGAGGGCCCAAUCAAUAACGCCUCGCUUGACUUGAGAUUAUUUGUUCUGGAGCCCCACAGCGACUGCUGCCUCCGCCAAACUGCUUCACUGAAGUAAGGAUGUGGUGGCUGGUUCUGCCUCUUAAAGUGGAUCUGAGCUGGUCACUGCCUUUCCCUAGAAUUCGUGACGAUGGGCUUUCUCUUGUGGGGUUCUGCCCAACUUAGAUCCAUCGAGACCAGUGGACUUAAGUUAGCCACUGCCAUUGGUUUCGGUGGGUGGCCAGAUGGAUACUGGUGCCAACAGAUGUGGCCUUCCAGAGGUUGCUGGACUCCAGCUCCCAUCAGCCCCAACCAGGAUGGCCAAUGAUCAGGGAUUAUGGGAACUGUAGUCCAGCAACAUCAGGAGGGCCGAAGGUUCUCCCCCAAUUCAGAUUUCUGCCCCUGCACUAACGCUAUUUUGAAUAAGCAAUGCAUCACGGUGCAAGAGCUUGUCUGUAUUUAUCCUUGUGUUGUCCACACUGAUCUAUAUAGGCAGCCGAAAGGGGGAUUUUCCCCCUUGUUUUUUCCAUAGCUAUGUUUGUUUGUCUGAGUCCUGCUGCUUGACUUCCAUUUGCCUUGAACCCCUCUGGACAGUUGUUGCUUUUCUUUUCAGGGAUGAUUCAAGCGCUAGAAAGAGGUUAUCUCUAAAGACAGUAGCCAGGCAGGCACGGAAUGUGAGUUCUUGUUAUGUUAUCAGAGCUGGAGGGUGACUGACCGUUUCCUUUUUAUGUCAUUUGAGGGUUUGUGGGGUGUGGUGGUGAGGGUUACUUCCUUUUCUAAAUAAAAAAAAUUGAAGAAA